CACAAUAAAACAUUCCGCUGUCAGCCAGUACACCGGCUGUACUGAAGUAGCCGCUGGACCACAGAGGCCCUCGCAGACACACGCAAAAGACCUACUUUAAAAAAAACCGCUGACGCUACUUAUGUCAUCAGCCGCGAAAGGGAACCUGCCCGGGUAAUAACGCAUCUGACCCGGAGUCCGUGCAGGGUAAAGUCGGGGGAGACGGACAGGAAAAAAAACAACAACAAAAAAAACAAAAAAACAAAACAAAGAUGGCUGUGUAGCCAGAGAGACGAGUCCCAGCAGAACUGUCUCCAGCCGUGGACUUUAAUCACCGACAGCUCCCGCGGGUCCCGCGGACGGUCGCCCGGUACCGGAGCAGGGAGGUUAGAUGAGCAGCCGAGCUGGGCCGCCGCCGGGCAUCGUCGCGAUCUGCUGUCAUUGCGAAUAACGGCGUCGAGAGCACAACAACAGCUGAGAGACGCCUGAGUUGUUUUUGUUCUGCCUCGGCAGAGGGAGAGGACCGCUGUGUUUUUGUCAACGUAGCUAGCCGCGUAGUCCGCUAGCCUCACUGUGAGUCAACAACAACAACUAGUUAAACGUUUAAUUAAGUCAUAAUAACGUUUUUUUUUUCGUUAUUACGCAAUCGUUUGCUUGUUAAGUUGGUGUAGUUCGUAAGUUACCGUAAGCCUGCAUCAGUUGUGACAGCCUGCUGCUGUAGCGUUAGCCUAGCUAACGCUAGCUAGCUGUCAGCUGACCGUUAGCUUGACAGCUCGUAUGCUAGCCCCCGAGCUAACCUGCUAAUACUCCGGUUCGGGCUGCUCGCGGCGGGUACAUCUCACAGAUUUCUAGACGGUGGUCGCCAUGUCUUCACUGGAAGAGAGAGACGUGGGCGGUGUGGCCGCCCCUGGCUCCUCCUCGGCCGGCAUGGGGGCCGGGGCCGUGGGGGCAGCGGUGGAGGCUAUCGCCGGGGUCGCGGCCAUGCAGGAGGAGGUCGGAAUCCGGCGAGAAGGGCCCGAGCCGGACCCGGACGAGCCACCACCCAAGAAGAGGGCGAGGGUGCCCGAGGGAGAGUCAGGAAAGCUGGAGGAGAGACUGUACUCAGUGCUGUGCUGCACCGUGUGCCUAGACUUACCCAAGGCGUCUGUAUACCAGUGUACAAAUGGACACCUGAUGUGUGCUGGCUGUUUCAUCCAUCUCCUGGCGGAUUCUCGUCUCAAAGAGGAACAGGCCACGUGUCCCAACUGCAGGUGUGAGAUCAGCAAGAACCUCUGCUGCAGGAACCUGGCGGUGGAGAAAGCUGUCAGUGAGCUGCCGACAGAAUGCACCUUCUGCCUAAAACAGUUCCCCCGCUCCAGCUUAGAGAGACACCAGAAAGAGGAGUGCCAAGACAGGGUGACACAGUGUAAGUACAAGAGAAUUGGCUGCCCAUGGCAGGGGCCGUUCCACGAGCUGCCAGCACAUGAGAGUGAGUGCUCCCAUCCCACUAAGACUGGUACAGAGCUGAUGGGAAUACUGGGAGAGAUGGACCAGAACCACCGCAGAGACAUGCAGCUCUAUAACAGCAUCUUCAGCCUGCUCUGCUACGAAAAGAUCGGGUUUACAGGCCUCCACUUAUUCGUGCAUCCAGAGGUGCAGUUCAGGCCGUACCGCACCGAUGACUUCAUCACCCGUCUGUACUACGAAACCCCGCGCUUCACCGUCCUCAACCAGACGUGGGUGCUGAAGGCCCGCGUUAACGACUCGGAGCGCAACCCCAACCUGUCCUGCAAGCGCACGCUCUCCUUCCAGCUCAUCCUUAAAAGCAAGGUAAACUCGGCCCUGGAGUGCUCCUUCCUGCUGCUGAAGGGGCCGUACGACGACGUGCGGAUCAAGCCGGUCAUCCACCACCACUCUUUCUGCAACGACGCCAACGAGACCGACUACGUGCCGCUGCCCAUCUCCGAUUCGGUGGAGUGCAACAAACUGCUGGCCGCCAAAAACAUCAACCUGCGCCUGUUCAUCUUCCAAGUCCAAAAAUAAAGAGGGAACGAGGAGGAGGAGGAAGAUGGAAUGGACAAGGAAGAAGAAGGGUGAUGGAGGGCGAGGGGCUGAGAGAGUGGAGGGAUUUCAGAUUAAAGAGAGACACCACUGAACCACUGAUACCUCUUAACCCGUACACACACACACACACACACACACACGCACACACACUCACUCAAAUACACAAAUAUACUCACGCACACAUUCACGGAGGGUACACACGCCUAAAGACACACACACACACACACACACCACUAAUUACACUUACCUCCUUGUGAGACCCCUUGCCCGGGGAGCUGUGAGUUGCUAUGGAGAUGGGUGGGCAUUGCUACGGGGUUGAGGGGUGAAGUUGAACCUGCAAAGCCGGUUUGAGGUAAAGGAAUGUGGUUCUGGGACGGUUGGUGUGUACCUGCGCAGGCUCUCUUGAGGCCGGGUCGAGUCUGACCUUUCACCCCCUGACACCGGCAGCCAAAGGUAGCACACACACCAAACUAAGCAGGAUGUUCCGGGUGCACGUGUUGGGUAAAUGUGUGUGUGUGUGAGAGAGAGCGCGAGAGAGAGAGUUGUGACUGACUCUGGAGUGCGUCCCAAUCUCAUGUUGAAAUGCCCCAAAGAUGCGAUAAUGUGAAAACGGAGUAAGCUGAUCUUUGGACAUGUGAGCGGAUGUAAAGCGUGUGCGUGUGUGUGUGUGUUUGCCCCUUACCUCUGCCCACUUUAUGCCUGAUUCAGAUCAACAUUCUCUUUCUGUUCAAACAAAAGUGUUCAGUUUGUGUCUCGAAGCUUUGCCCAAACAGAGGAAAGAAAGCGUUACCCCGGCGACCCCCUUUUACCUUUCAACAAGAGGAGAGAUGGCCUGGCUGCAUGCAUAUUUUAGUUCUUCGACUUCUUCCUCCAGCAGAGGUUAUAUUUAACCUGCAACACUAAUACCAUUUUUAUUUCUCUUAACCCUUAAUAUUUAAGUACCUGUGAACUUUUUAUUUUAUUUUGUGUUUUAACGGGUGACUGGCUGCCUGUGUGAGUGUGUAAACAGUCAGAAACAAAACAAUCUUUUAAAGUCACGGCUGGAUUAGCAGCAGAAUGUCACCCCCCCCCCCCCCCCCCCCCCCAAAAAAACCCAGGUUCACUUUGCGUCAGCUGCUUUUUGGGCAUUUAAUGAUUUCACUCAAAACAGCUGGGUCCUGCAUGACUAGAGACCCUGCACCGUUAUUAUUUCAGUAUAGAGCACGACGUUCUCAGUCAUUAAAGCUGGAUUCAUAAAUUAGCCAGGUCAACUUAGUGCAUCUAUAUCAGUAUCUGUGUAUAUGUGGGUCAAUAACUAACAAUACAGUACAGAAAGUACAGAAAUACAGAAAUAUGUUGGAGAUUAUUCAGAAACUGUCAGUGGUACAGUUUGCCCAGCAGAGAGCACUGAAACGUUUCUUCUGAAAGAAAAUGUCCCGCUGUGUGUGUGUGACAAGGCUUUAAAAGAAAAAUCGAACGGAUCUGCAGUGAGACGGAUUUUUUUAUAUGUAUUUGUAAAAUAAUAUUCAUAUUUAAAAAUACCUGUUUAUCGAUUCCAAAGAUCGAGUCUUGCUACAGUAGUUGUAUCCCUAAACAUGUAUUUUAUCGCUAACAUGAGAGCAAGACUGCAGAAUCCUUUUCUUUUAAAUAGAAUCAAAAUGUUAAAAAUAUCAGAAAUCAAUGUAAAAAAAUUAAAUGACCACAAACUAACUGACCUACAGAAAACCAGGGUUUCCCAGUCCAGCGGUACUGCUCGGAUGCAUUUGUGAAAUAUAUGAAAUAAGGAUGCCAUCAGCAGUGUGAGAUGUGUGCACUAGAUGGAUGGACUCGAAGGACGAGUCGACAACCCGAAGUGUCUCGGGACCAUCUGGACUUCUUCGUCUGUUCUGAGCUCGACGGCCCUCUGGAGACGUCUCUGGAUAUCAGAGUUUGGGUGGUGAUGGAUGGUGUGUGUGUGUCUGUGUGUUUGAGACAGGGGGGAUGUUUUCCGUUUUUUUUUUUUUUUUUACCUCACCACGAUGACAUAAGUGUUCAUUUGAACGACAACGAGAAGAUAUAACUUAAGUAGAUUCUACUGUUAAGCGGAUACAUCUCUCUCCUCCUGACCUCUACUUCCUGUAUUUCUGUGUUUUAAUGCUUCGUCUCUAUGCCAGUGGACUCACUCAUCUCACUAUGGCUGUACAUGUGCCUUUUAUUAAAGAUCAUGAAACCUGCA